AUGACCCUAACCGGCGCGAGCGCACUCAUCGCUCGCGCCGGACGCGCGCGAGCCGCGCGCACCGCGCGCGAUCGUCGCCGCGCGCUCGCUACCCGACGCGUCUCACAAAAAGUACAAAACGAUGACGUGGGCGUCCCGAGCGCUUCGUCGUCCGACCCCGACGUUCGCGGCGCCGUGUGGCUGGCGCGUUCGCACGAUUUACGAAUGCGAGACAACGAAGCUUUCAUCAGCGCGUGCGCGGAGGCGAGAGCGGUCGGUGGGGUCGUCGCGUGCGUGUUCGCGUGGAGCGAGCGGGACGCGCGAGAGAGCGGAGGCGCGCGGCGGGCCUGGUUGGCGAAAGCGCUCGAGGCGUUGGAUCGGGAUUUGCGUCGAACGUACGGGGGUGGGGUAUCGAUGUUUAAGGGUGAGGGGGCGGAGGGGGCGAUGCGGGCGGCGAGGGCGAUCCGGGCGACGCGAGUGUUCGCGUCCAAGCGGUACGAGCCGGAGAACGCCGAGGCGGACGAGCGCGCCUCGGUCGAGAUGGCCGUACGUGGGGUCGAGCUCGUGCGCACGCGAGGAUUUUUAUUGUUUGAGCCGAGUGAAGUUCGCAUCGACGUCGCGGCAAGGGAUGGAUACUUUGGAACGUUGAUGCCGUUCGUGCACGCUGCGGAGCGCACGUGCGGCGAUCCGGGCAAGCCUAAACCAGCCCCCGUAGACGUUCGCAUGGUGGACUUGGGGACGGAGAGCGACCACGAGUGGGAGCAAAUAGGUUUAGAAGAUCUAGGCGUAGCACCGGCGUCUGACCGACGCGUAGAUUGGUCGGCAGGGAUCCGCGCGGAUUGGGACAUCUCCGAAGGCGGCGCCGUGGAGACCUGGUCUCAAUUCACCGCGGUCGGAUUGGAUAGAUUCGAGGCCGAGCACGGGCGAGCGGAUCCAGAAGCAGGGGUGACUGUGUCGCGGCUGUCGCCGUAUCUUCGAUUCGGCAUGAUCAGCCCGAGGACGGUUUAUCACGACUUGGUGAAGAAGGAUGGGAAGAAUAUCAGCAAGACCUUUUGGCACCGUCUCUAUCGCCGAGAGCUGGCGUACUGGCAGUUGCAUCACUGGCCCGAUCUUCCAAAAACGUCGGUACGAUCGCACUACGAAAACAGGGCGUGGUUGAGCGGCGAUGAGGCCGACGAGGCGCUUCGUCGUUGGCAACGAGGCGAGACGGGAUUUCCAGUCGUCGAUUGCGGGAUGCGUCGUCUGUGGCGGACGGGGUGGAUGCACCAGACGGAGCGCAUGAUCACGGCGACCUUUCUCGUAGAUUACCUCGGCGUGCACUGGACGCGUGGCGCGGAUUGGUUCAUGCGCACGCUCGUCGACGCCGAUGAGGCCAUCAACUCGAUGAUGUGGCAAAACGCGGGCAAGAGCGGACUCGAUCAGUGGGACUUUUUCGAGGGUACGCUCGCCCCAGACGGUUCCGCGCGCGCGCACGAUCCUCAUGGCGACGCCAUCGCGCGCUGGAUCCCCGAGCUCGCGGCAUUACCGCGCGGUUAUCUCCGGCAUCGGCCGUGGGAGGCGUCCAAGGCGACGCUCGCCGAGUGCGACGUCGAGCUCGGUUCGACGUAUCCCCGUCGCAUGAUCGUCGAUCUCGAUCGGGCGCGUCAGCGCAUGCUCGACGAUGUCACCACGAUACGACACGCCGAGCUCGUGCGAGCGGGCGGUCUGGUGAAACCCGGCUCGAUGGAGGACCUCGUCGUCGCGCCGCGCGCCGCCGUCGUCCGAGGCGCCGCCGACCUCGCGCGCGUCUCCACCAGAAAAGAGUUCAAGCGCAGCCUCAAGGCGCUCAAGGCGUCCAUCGCGGGCAUCGACCUUCCUUCGAACCCGUCGUCGAAGCCCCACGGGAAAUCACGCGCGAACGCGUCUCGGCCCAAGGUCUCCGCCGCGUCUCGGCCCAAAUCCGGGCCCCGUUCCGGGCGCCUUCCCGCCCCCGAUCGCGACGCCGUGCGCGCGAGCCGCCGCGAGGCCAAGCGCCUCGACGCCGCCUUCAGAGGUCGAGUGUUCCAUCAUCUCCCCGUCGACGACCUCGACGACCGCGACGCCGCGCCGCCGCGCGUCGGUCGUCGCCCCGCGCGUUGA